UGACGGCUGACGUUCCGUUUACGUAGUAACAAAUAGUUGUUCAUUUAUUAUUAUUAUAAUUUGUGAUUAAAACAAUUGAAUGAUUACUGUAAUCAUUAGAAAUAGUAUAAGACAAAUAUUUCCAUAAUGCAAACUAAAAAAGUGAUCACUUUUACUAGAAUACAACAGAUACGAAAUAAUAUGUACCAUUUAGUAUUUUGAGGACUUUACCGCAAUACAAUCACGAUGUCCAGCAGUGGUUCUUUACUUUUUUCUAUUAACAAUGAAGGUAAAGUUUAUGCUUUGUCAACUAGUGGAUCAUGUUGGAGGGAAUUUAUGUAUCUCGGAUUAGAAUUCAAAACAUUAUCAGCAGUACCUAACUAUUUGUGGGCCGUUGGUGGAGAUCGUCAAAUUUAUUUACACGUUCAUGGAUUAGAAAUUCCGAUCAGAGUUAAAGAAGAAUCAUACGAAAACGAAAGAUGGUUACCGCUUGAAGGAUUUAGCGGUAGACUUUUACCCACAGAUAGGUAUCAUUUCUCCUCUCAAGACGGAACAAAAGAUAAAUCAAUUGACCGCAUCCGUUUACCUUCUAUGGCUUGGCAAUGGGAGGGAGACUGGCAACUUGAACUCACCUUAGAUGGACAACCACUGGACCAUGAUGGAUGGAGUUAUGCUGUUGAUUUUCCAGCUCAGUUUGGCCCAGUCAAGCAGUGGAAGUCUUGUGUCAGGAGAAGGAAAUGGAUUAGGUACCGGAAAUUUAGUGCUAUGAACUCAUGGUGUGCCAUAGCUCCUCUUCACAAAGAUCCAACACAAGAGCCAUUUAUAGAUGUCAGUAUUGGAGGAAAUAUGAUCCCAUAUGCUGCACCUGGUACUCUGUCAGUAUGGGCGAUUACAGCUCAUGGCAGAGUCAUGUACAGAGCUGGUGUUGGGACUAUAUCACCAGAAGGACUGAAGUGGAUAAAUGUUAGUAUACCACCAAAUUGUGAUAUAAAACAAAUUUCAGUAGGUCCUACUGGCUUAGUCUGGGCAAUGCUUUGGACUGGAAGAGCUAUUAUAAGGAAAGGAAUAACUAAGGACUGCCCAACUGGGGAAGCUUGGCUUGAAGUAAAAUCUCCAAGUGAAACUAAAUUGUCUGUUAUAUCUGUUGGAUAUAAUUCUGUAUGGGCUGUGAGUUCAGAUGCUAGAGUAUGGUUCAGAAAAGGUAUUGAUGGCAAUUUGGCAGGAAAUUCUGAACCUGCUGCAAUGGGUAGUGGAUGGUUGGAGAUUACAGGAAAUAUGGUUAAUAUAUCAGUUGGAAUUAAUGAUCAAGUAUUUGCUAUUGGUGAGUCAGACAAGUGUAUUUAUUGGCGUAGUGGAAUAACUCCUUCAGAAUUAACUGGUAAAAGGUGGAGAAUGGUUCAAGCUAAUAUGCAGUUGAGUCGCACAUCAAGUUCUGCUAGUGUUAUUUCUUCUGCAUCAAAUGCCAAACACCACAGUCUUAGUAUGUUGAAUGAAAACACACCAGAGCUCAAAUCUAAUAUAAAAUUACAUAAUUCCUGGGAAGAGUCACACUCAGCGCCAAUAGAACAUACAUUACCAAUUAAACCACCAAAGGAAAUUCACACAAAAAAUAAUACAAAUGUAGAUACCAUUGAUUUAACUGGGAAGAGUUAUGAAACAACAUUAAAAAAUCCACGAGCAUGGAGUCCAGUACGCAGUGUAGGUUCUGUAGUGGGUAUGGAAGCCCAGCCAGAUAGUGACAGCAGUGUAUUUGAUGUUGACUCUGGUAUGUACUUUGAUGAAGAGGUCAGUCAGACUGCAUGGGGAACAUGCGAUACUACUUGGGCUUUUGUAGAAGCAGGAGCUUGUUCAAUAGAUCCAAUGCAAAUACCUCAUUGGUUUACUGAUUCACAUAAUAUUCAAAGUACAGACUUAACAGCGAAAUGGAGGAUACAAAUUUUAGAAUCUUUGAAGAAUAGAAAUAAUACUCAAGAAAUAGAUUUAUCAAAUUAUGGAGUUGCUAUUGAAGAAAAAGGGUGGACACGGAGCUGUGAAGCAAGAUUAAUCAAUGCAAAUAAUUCUAUUGAAGACUGUAUACUUUCCCUUUACUGGCAUGCUUUAGAAAAUACUGGUACACUAUCUGUUUUUCAACUUGAUGGUACUAUAAAAUCUAUUUUGAAUCUUGGAGAAGUGACAAGUGUUAUUACAUCAUCAGAGCCUGCAUGUCCUAGAAUUAGUUUAUCUAUACAGCGACAAAGCAAUGACAAUAUAAAAAUUCAAUUUAUAUCUGAAAUGGAACAGGAAGAAUGGUUGAGUGUUUUAGUAGAUAUAAUAUCACAGAUUAAUGAACUUUCAGGUAAGCCCUCUGAAAAUUCAAUGUGGGCUAUUACCAGUUCAGGUGAUGUACUAAAUUGGGAUCUUAUGCCCAUGAAACUUAAUACUGAAGAUAAGAUUCAUACCAAAGAAUUUCAAGUUUUUGGAAAAUAUGCUAUCUCUGGUUUUACAACCAAACUUUAUAAUAACUUUCCUGUUGGCACUACAUUAAAAAUUACAGGUUCUUUAAAUGAUGAAAUAAAAAGAUUCCAUGUAAAUUUACAGGGCCCUGAAAUUAAAAAACAAAGACACAAAAUAGAAACUGAAAUAACUGAGAUUGCCCUGCACUUUAAUGUUAGAUUUGAUGAGAAUACUGUUGUAUGUAAUUCAAAAAUAUUUGGCAAUUGGGGAGUUGAAGAACGUCAUCCACUACCAUUAGCUCCAGGACAAGAGUUUUCUAUAAUAAUUUAUUGCAAUACUCAAGGUUUAAAAAUAACUGUUAAUGAUAAGGUCUAUUGUUUUUAUGAGCAUAGACUUAGCCCUGAGAGUAUAACAUCAGCUUCAAUUCAAGGGCCAUUAAAACUUUAUACCAUGCUAUAUUCUACAACUAAUAUAAUUAUAGAUCCUGAUGAAAUUAUAUGGAGAACUAUGGGAGGAUACUUACGGAAAGUUGAGUGUUGUCAGAAUGGGGUUGUUUGGGGUAUUUCUCAUGACCAUCGUGUAUGGGUAUACACUGGAGGCUGGGGCGGUGGUGCAUUAAAAGGUUUAGGUGGCAAUGAGGGUAUCAAUUCUAUGACAGAUACACAAACAUAUUGUGUUUAUGAAAACCAAAGAUGGAAUCCUCUUUCUGGUUACACUUCUACAGGUCUUCCCACUGACCGGUACAUGUGGAGUGACAUAACUGGUAAACAUAAAAGGACACGAGAACAUACAAAAUUAAUAAACCGCCAUUGGCAUUGGAUUUCUGAAUGGAUGAUAGAUUACAACACCCCAGGUGGAGUGGACAGUGACGGAUGGCAGUAUGCGACAGAUUUUCCAGCUCCGUACCAUGGAAAAAAAAUCUUUACUGAUUGUGUCAGAAGGAGACGUUGGUACCGAAAAGCACAAAUAAUAACUGAAGGCCCUUGGGUGCGCGCGGGUAGUACUGCACUUUUAGACAUAUCCCUAUGGAAUAAUGGCGACGAAGUAUUAGUAUGGGCUAUUACUGUAGGAGGUGAUGCUAUUUAUCGUACCGGCGUGACACAUGCAACUCCUACGGGGAGUCACUGGGAACAUGUGAAGAAUCCUCAGGCACUAGUUGCAAUCAGUACCUGUGAAUAUAUUGUUUGGGCGAUAGGCAGAAAAGGAGAAAUUUAUUAUAGGGAAGGCAUCUGUAAUGAAAAUCCCGGCGGAACUAAUUGGACGUUAAUAGAAGCCCCAAAAUACAACUAUCCUUUUAGUCAUAAAAAGACGGCUGGUGCUAAAUACGUUUCUAUAAAUGCGAAUGCUGCCUGGGUAUUACUUUCAAAUGGUGUAUUUGCUGUAAGAUCAGACAUUUCAAAAGCUCAACAAGAUGGCAAGCAAUGGAAGUAUUUAACAGAUUGUGAUAUGUUAUUUAAAGACGUAUCCAGCAUUAAGCAUGAAGUAUGGGCUGUUAGUACCGAUGGAAACCUAUACCGGCGGCUUGGUGUAACAGUAGAUAACCCAAUAGGCACCACUUGGCAACGUGUACUCUCUGGUACUAUAGUACAUGUGGCGGCUAGAGGCAUUUCUUUAUAAUUAUUAUAUACAUGUCGUAUUUGUUAUUUUAAAAUAUUGUAUGAGUAAUCAAUUUUGUGAAACGUAAAUAUAUUGUCCCAUUUGACAACAAAACGAAAAGAUAUCUAUGAGUUCUUACGUUAACUCGGAUACUUUUUACCACGCACAACCACAAUGUGGAAUCAAUUCCGAGCAGCAGUAUUACCGUACCGAUAUGAUAUUGAAUGCUUCUAGGAAUAUGAGCCUUUUAGUAAUAUUGGCACACCGUUUUAACAUUCCCUCUAGUCAUGUAUGUUUUCUUGAACAGCGGUGAUCAUCUACUAUUAGGUAAGUAUUCUCCUUUGCAUUCUUAUAAAAAAAAUAAGAGUAACAGCAAAUUGCGAGUUGGAUUCACACAUUGAGGUUUCCGAAAAAUAAUGUAAUAUUUAUAAAAAGUAGACCGUUAAGCGUGAUUAGAUUUUGCUUGAGUUAGACUAUGAUUGAAGUCAGAUUACGUAACCAAGUUAUGGUUAUUUUUAUAUAAUUGUAAAAACUAUGUUAGCUAGACAUAUUAAUAAAGUAAUCAUUUCAGAAUUUCUAGAAAGUGAUGUUGAAUCACUGAGAAAUUGGUGUUUUUCAUCAUAUAUUUUGACAUUUAUUUCAACAUCGGUUUAUCGAUAUUUAUUCCAAAUUUAAACUAUUUAUUUAAUAAGCAUAUAUAUGAACCUUAUUUUUGAAAGUCUGAAGUGCAGUCUCAGUAUUCUAAUAGUGCCUAAUUGCAUCUUACUAGUUUUUUGUUGUUUUAGCAAAGCUACGUCUGAAUACAUGCUCUAAUGUAAUUGAAUUAAGUUUGUGCAUAUACCAAAAUGGCGCAGCCACUAUUGCCAAACUUGGCAAUAAUGUGACAGUAAGCACUGAUAAUGAAAAUUAAUACAUAACCAGUUUAAUAAAGUAUACUUUACGUCACAUUUAUCUAUGACGUAAAUUAAUAAUUUCGCCGUUUCAGCUGCGUCUGCCCCUUUCUGUUAACAAUAAGGAUUGUAAUAUUUUUUGUUCUUCUCCUUAAGGUAUGAGAAAAUAUAGCAGAGUAAAAUACCUAAAUAUAAGAAACUAUAUAUGUUUUUUAUCUGCACUUAUAACAUGCAUAAAUAGCGAGAAGGAGUAACUUGUAUGUUAUUAUGAGAGUGUGUAUUGUAAAUCCUCCUAAUAAGGAAAUAAAUAAUGUUUUGAUACUUGUAAUAUAUCAAAUUAAUAAUACUAUUUCCAACGAAAUCCAGCUGUCUGUAUAAUGUGAUGAUGGUGUAGAAAAAUGCAAUUUAAGGCUAAUAAUAUAGGUCGUAGGCCUGCGCAGACGAGGUACAGAAACCAUGGCAAGUAAUUUAGUCCUUAAAAAUAUACCACAAUGUUACCUAUCAUCUAAGAUAAAAUUACAUAUAGUUAUCACUAAUCUUUCGCGUCUAGUACAUUAUAUAUUUAAAUGAGUUUCGACUAAGUUGCACGUGUUACGGCUAGUGAAACCUUGUCGAAACGACAAGAAAGGUAAAUGCCACAUAAAAUUAUUAAUGUUAAAAUCUAUAAAUAUAUAUAUUAAUAAAAUUACAUUAUGUGACAAUUAUAAUGCAAAGAAAGUGUUCCCUGCUGGCAAAAAACUAAUUUCCACGUCUGCACAGGCCUAUUACAGAAUUUUUAUUAUACAUACAUAUAUUUAAUUCUCAAUAUUGAUAUUGUGAUAUUAUUGCUUAUAAGUAACUUCCAAGUUUUUUAAAUUAUUAUCGGCUUUUGCUCAUUUAUGAUAUUAUAAGUUAAAACGCAUUUGUAGGUUUAAUAUAGGAAUAAAUUAAUUUUCUAGUCAUUGUGUUAUGAACAUUCCUAUAAUUUCUAUGUAUUCAAAUGUAUGUAAUGUAGGUAAUUAAUAUGUACAAUUUAUAUAAUAGCAUUAAACCAAAUCGUUUAUUAUAUUGCUGUUUG